AGUUGACAUGUCGCCAUGACAACAGGAUAUCGUUGAAGCCCCUGCCGUAAACAAACCGAAAACUGCUCAAUAAUGCUAAAUAGAGGCGAUGUUGAGAUUUUUUUUAGCUAAAGUCUGACGUCUACAGUUUAGUCUCUUUAAGUUUGUGGUAAAUUUGUGUCAUUCAGAUCAGAGAGAUGGCGGAAAUGUUGUGUCGGUGGCUUAACCAGGAGCUCCAGCUCUCAAAAGUGGUCGGCAUAAACAGUCUUGCUACAGAUUUCUCCAGUGGUUACCUGAUUGGAGAAAUCCUUCAUAAGUAUAAACUGCAAGAGGAUUUCAACAAAUUUCUGGAGAAAAAUACCUCCAUCUCUAAAGUGAACAACUUCAUCCGCCUCGAGCCAAGUCUGAAACUCCUGGGGAUCUCCUUCAACAUGAACACAGCCCAGGACCUGAUGCAGGAGAAGCAGGGUGUUGCUGCUCAACUGCUUUUCCAACUGUAUGACAUUCUUAAAAAAAGGAAGAGCCCAGAAAUGAAUAGAAGCCUGAUGGACGUGGAGCAGCCCAGAGCUGAAACAAAUCUGUCCAGGAGGGAGCACAAGAUCUCCUAUCGGCUUCCUCAGGUGAAGAAACGUGACGCUGACCUGAAGCUGCAGCUCUAUAGUGAUAAAUACCACCGAAUGAAGGACAGGACUGCUGCGAGGCAACGCCUCCAGCUACAAAGCCAACUCAAUGUGCAGGAGGAGAAAAUAAUGAAAAACACUAAGGAGGCCACUGAUGCCCAUGUGCCAAAGCCCCCUUAUCGUGUAUCCCCCCUAACAAUGAAGAGAAGACAACAGCAGAUCCAGGAAGAGGCAAAGAGAGUGCAGACUGAGAUUGCCCAGUUUGAGAAAAACAUGAGAAAAAGUGUCACCUAUGGCUUCCACUCCUCUUUAAGUUCUCGUGGUCAGUCCUUUCCUGCCGAAUCUUCACUUUGCAACAUCAAACAAGGCAGCAAAGUGUCUGAAAGUGGAGCAGGACUGAUAUUACAGCCCAACACCAAAUACAUGCAGGAGAUCCGACAGAGGCUGAAGGAGACGGCUUUGGCGAGUGAGCGCAGACGAAUUAGACAAGACAGAUUCUUGGUGGAACAAUUUAAAGCCCAAGCCGCUCAACAGGAGCUGCAGCGAGACGAGCAGCUGGUGAAGCGUCUGACGCGUCAAACCAAGCAGGAGCAGCGUUUGGUGACUCAGCUUCUCCAGAUCCGAAUGCAGAAAGAAGUGAUUCGAGAGAACCGGCUGUUCGUAGAGCAGCAGUACCAAGAGCGGAGAGAAAAAGACUUUCGGGAAGCUCUGAACAGGGAAGCGGUUUUAGCUCAGCAGGAAAAGGCGGCCCGCGAGGAAGAAAUCCGAAAGGACGUUGAAUGGUGUGCCAGGGUUUCUGCGGAGCGAAGGCAAAGCAAACGAAAGAAACACUUCAAUUACUGCAAGGCCCUUUUGAACCAGAUUGUGGACCUGGCCACCAAAGUUGGAGAUUACCGUCAGCUAACAGAGAACACGAUUCCAGAGCAGACGAUGAGGGAUUGGAAGGAAUUGUUGUUUAAAGGUUUGCCUCUUUAUGAGCCAAGCCAUGGGUUGAGUCUUGAACUCUCUGCUUCAAAAUAUAUUUUGGAUCUUAAAAAGCUACCGCAAGAGGCGCUCAACAACUUGGACUAUGAUGAAUAUGCUAGAAUGAUCGGUGACUGGGCGUGGCCAGAGGACGCAGGCGAGAUCAAAGUGCCAUCAGCUAACAACAUCCUGGAAAAUGUUGUCCGUAAACUUAAAAACAUUGCUUCUUCCUCCACCGUGGAGCCUCCUUCCUCUGAAUGUUCUCCCUUCAUCAUCAAAGCCUGUGUCCUCGGUAACAUUUGUUCAGGCAAGACCAGCUGCUUGGCCAGGAUUGCUGAAGCUCUUAGCAUCUUUGUCUUCUCAUCCUCCACUCUGAUUGAGGAGGCACUGAAGGCUUACCACGACGGAGAGGAAGUGACAGAGCAGAGGAAAGACAAAAAUAAAAAGAGAAGAGCAUCCAUCAGGUUAAGCAAGCACGAUAUUAAUGUUCUAGAAAGUAGAAGCUGUAUCACUAAGCCAUCUCCUCGUGCACUUCUGGGAGCAGCUGUGGAUAAAGAGCUGAAGAGAGGGAAUGCCAUCCCAAAUGAGCUGUUGAUGGAAAUUAUGACACAUGCCAUCCGUCAAGUUCCAGCUCAUUCCGGUUGGAUCCUGGAUGGCUUUCCGUCUGACAUCAACCUAGCUCACUUGCUGGAGAAAGCCCUGGGUGGGAGUGAGGAGGAAGGAAAAGAGGUUGCAAGUGAUCAGACAAAUGUCAUUGCUGAUUGCAAUCCUCCCACACCCCCACCACCCCCUGCUCCGGUUCUGGACGUGGUUCUUAUGCUGAAUAUUCCUGACGAGUGUGCAGUCAGACGCGCGUACAGACAAGCGGAUACUGAAGCUUCUCAGCCUGCAGAAAAAGCAGUAUAUCUGGCUGAGAUUACACACAGGAUUACAGCUUUUAGGGAUGCCUGGCCAGCACUGGAGAAAUGGUACUGCGGAAAGCAAAACAUAUUGGUCAAUGUCGAUGCAGAUGUAGACGAGGACGAGCUUUACAACAAAGUGAAGCUGAUCUUACAACAGGUUAUGGAGAAAAAGCAGAGAGGUGGUCCUUCUCCAAUGGAUGCUCAGCCACAAUCCUCAGACCAAAUCCCACCUGUGAUGGAUAACAAAAGCACACCCAGAGAACUUCUUUCAAGAGCCGAGGUGGAAAAAACCCAAAGUCCAAAAGAUUGGCAGUCAAGGAGUGGAACUCCUACAUCACUGUCUCAAAACAACUCUCCAGUCCCCAUGAGACUUAAGUCUGCCCGUUCAUACAGUCUGGACUACAUGGAUGAGCCUCUUUCUUCAGAAGGUUAUCCUCUCCCUGACCUUCUCCAGGAGAUCGCACCACUUCUGUGGCCACUCUGGGAUUCUGUCUGUAAUUCUUAUGUCAAUAAUAUAAAGAAAGUCAUGCAGCAGCUGCGCUCACAACGCACUGUCAUUCUUCAUGAGCUUUCAAGCAUCAGGGAGGGAUACAAGCACUGCUUGGGACGCUCAAACUUGAAGCAGGAGUUUGUGUGUCAUUGGCAGAAGGACUUCAACAGCAUCCCUGAUGAUCUGAGGGAAGAUGAUGAAAUCCAGCCAGAACUUCAUCGUAGAUUGGAUGAAUUGUGCGAGCGCCUGUGGGACAUUACUGAUAAAUGCAGGGAGCAAGAUGACCAAAGGAAGGCUGCACUUCUAAGUGACGAAUGGCUGGAGGAGCACGCUGCUGUCCUUAUAAACUCACACUCCAUGCUAAUGCAGGUAGAGCUGAACCGCUUUCAUCAAACUCUGUACAUUUUAAGAAUCUACUUCUUGAGCCUUGCACAGAAACAAGUGACUUUUGAACCCCUCUCUGAAAAUACUUAUAUUCCUUUACUGGAAAUCCCUGAAGUCAAAGCUGAGAAUGAAAGUGAGAAUCCAAUGGAUACAAAUGUGAUGCCUAAAGGAGAAGAAAAGAGCAUAAAAGUCGCACUCCCCCAAACACAUCCUGUUUCCCCAAAGGAGGUCUCCAUGACGACCAGCACAGACAAGGAGGCCCAACCGGAGAAACUUCUGGACGAAAAACUCACAUUUAACUACAAAGAAGCACUCAAAGUCAUCGAAACAUUCCCUAUUUCUCUGGAUAUCUGUGAUUUAAAGGAAACGGAUCAGAAGGAAGCUAAAGAGUUGGAAAGAUCACAAGAAAAGGUUGAAAAAGCGUCUUCAAAAGCAAAAAAAACUCUGAAAGGAAAAAGUUCAUCAGAAAAACUAAAAGGUGACAAGCCAGAAAAAAUGGAAUCUCAGAUCAGCCCAGAGAAAACUGAAACCCAGGAAAUUCCAGAGGAGUUUCAAAAAGAAUAUGUUGCUGCUCUGGAUCAUGAAGGUAACAGAGCAAAGAUGCGUCUUGAGCUGGUGAAACAUCACGGUUUGGUGAUGUUGCACUUGCUUCAAAGGAGAGCACACAGGACCUUAACCCAAAUGGAAACUUUGUUACAAGCACGCUAUCUAGCAGAAAUGAAGAGUAUUGAGCAGUUGAAAGAAAUGGCUCACCACCACAUCGCGGCUAAAGCUAAGUUGCAGUAUGAAGUGGUGUUGGACGGCUCUGAUUUCUACCUGAAAGAAAACAGUCAGAUGGCAGCAAGCCUGGCUCCUCCUCCAGAUCCAGAUCUUUUAGACAAACCCUCAGGAUUCAUGCUGUCAAUGGGUGCUCUAGAAUCAAUCCACCACCAGUUAAGCAGCAUUUCUCCAUCAGGCUUCAUCUCCAGCUCUUCAUUGGACAGUUUGCUGAAAGACCUGCUUUCCAUUGACACAGGCAGACACAGUCUUCCAAAGCUGUGGGUGGACAAUCAAACAUGGCUGAGAGAAAUAGUGUCAUUGCUAACAGAGGCGAAUGAUCUGAUAGACUGGCGGCAGUUUCUUCUCUACGCUUCUCUUCCUUGGCCAGUUCCUUCCCUCGCACAGCUGCUGUUUACGUUGCAAAGUUUUAAGGUAGCAGAUGCCAAAGAAACAGGGUUCAUAAACGAGGAACAGUACCUCCAGACAGAGCUGUGGUUAACUUAUGAGGGUGUCCAGAUUUUGUCUGAGGAUCUUUCUGAGCUGCCUCCGCAUGGCCGUGUGGCUAACCUGACCAAGUUCUUCUUUCAGCUGUUUGCAGACGGCUCCAUCUCACCGCCUCAGCUGGAUUAUGUGUCCAUGCUGCAGUAUUUCUCAGCUGACCCCGACCCCAGACAAGGAUUUGUCAGAGGACUCAGUGUUGUGUUGGGACAGCCUCUCAGACAGCCCUCUGUGGACCAUCUCAUUAUGUCUAUGCCAAGUAUAGAGGAAGACACAAAGUUGACCUCUUUAGAAGCUGAUGGAAGCUCUAGCGGUUCAAGCGGCUCUUUUAGGGAUGUAGAGGUUUCCAUUUCUGCUCUGCUGAAGGUCAUCUGCCACAAAGAUGCAAAGAUGACCAACAACACCCCCCUUCAUACGGAGCUCUUAAGUCAGGAGAAGCACAAGGAGCACUUGACACACAUAUAUGUGGAGCUUGGAUACAAACCAGAAGAAUGCAUCCCCUUUUCUGUUCUUUCCAAGCAUCCCUACAUUCAAGUGCUGAUGGAGACCUCCACACAAUACCUGCUUGUUAACAUUUAUGAAAUGCUUUUGGCUCACCAGAACAAAAGGGAGACGAGCAGCUCAACAGUUUUAACGAGCAUCUGAAAAAAGAUGCUGCCGAUGCUCAUCUAUCUUCAUUACAUUUGGAGAAAUGUUGCUACAUAUGGUCAAAAUAUUGAUUUAUUCUAUGUCAUAAAUAUAUAGAAGUUCAUCUCAAAUUUACCAAGCGCAAAAACGUUAUUACAAAUGUUAAGACAUUUGCAUGACAUCAUAGUUCAAAUUAAUCUUUUAGUUACAGUAACUCUCGGUUUUCCUGCUUCUUUCUUCUCCUGUUUUACAACAAAUACAUUCAGACUAGCUUUUCUAAUUUUCUGACUCCCACAGUAAAGCAUCAGAUCACUGAAUAACAGAAAAAUAAAUACAUUUAAUUCAA